UCAAUCAUUAUGAUGGCUUCUCCCCCAUUUGUCGCCUUGUAAUUUCUGUGGAAGCCAUGGGAGGAGAAAUCUGGGGGAAGGCACCAGAUGCCUCCAAAUUCUUCACCUGUAUAGCACGGGGAAGGAAAACUUAGCGCCUGAAAUGCACACGCCAGCGAUGGAGAGGAGAAUUUGAUUUCGUAGGUUAUGGCUUGACCAGGCGAGAUUGUCAAGGGGAAUGGAAAGAAGACGCACUCGCUUACCGCCUUAUGACCAUUUCAGCGCCGCCGCCUCUGUUUCGGAUGAGAAGCAUACAACGGAGUGCCCGCUAGGAAUGUUUCUCAAUUGCAGAUUUUGGAGAGGGAAAGAUUAUCUGGAGAAAAUUUUGAGUCAGGCAGGGGCGAGAAUUUGAAGGCGGAGAAAAAAGAGGUGGGAGAGGGAAGUGAGAGGCAGGCACGACGGGGGCCAAACAGUCGAUCGUGGGGGGAGGGGGAGGGGGAGAAGGGGACGGGGAGAAGGGGCAUUGGCAUGGCGGUCACCUGCUGCGCGAGAAAAUUCUGGAGGUGGUGUUGGGUGCUCGUUUUAUACGAGCAAUUGUGUCCAAGAAGCGACGCCGAUUCGUCCUGGGGAGCAUCGAUCUGGACAUGUCGUACAUAACAGAUCGCCUCAUUGCCAUGUCCUUCCCCUCCCAAAAUAUCCGCGCUGUCUACAGAAAUCCUCUAUGGCAGGUCCGACGCGUCCUUGACAUCAAACAUAGCUCUUUUUACAAGGUUUAUAAUCUAUGUGCAGAGGAAACUUAUGAUCCUGGGUACUUCCAUGGUCGAGUUGAAGUAAUCCCCUUUGAUGACAACCAUGUUCCACCCCUUUCACUUAUCAAAUUAUUCUGUGAGAGUGUACAUGCUUGGCUUUCUUCUGAUUCUCGGAAUGUUGCAGUGAUUCACUGUAUGGCAGGUAAAGGCCGGACAGGUUUGAUGGUGUGUGCGUAUCUUGUAUACAUGGGUACACCAGUUGAAGAGGCUUUGCAGUUGUAUGCAGAUCGUCGAAGCUAUGUCAAUGAAGGGGUAACUAUUGCAAGCCAGCGGCGUUAUGUUGGCUACUGGAGUAAAACAGUUGUAUUUCGCAAUGGGAACACAACUCCUCCCGAGGUUCUUCUACCUGCACCAAAAAGCCGAGAACUCCAAAGGAUUCGCUUGUAUGAUACUCUAUGUUCUAAUCCCGUGCAGUUUGUUAUCCAAGAAAUCAGAGAGAAAUCAGGUCAACUUUAUCAACCUGCAGUGGAGGUGGUACGUGAUUAUUGCAGGAAAGUGCAAAAAGGAAGUCAAAAAAUAAUGAAUCCACGUUAUUACCUUUCAUUCUUGCACAAUGACAAUGAUGAGAAAAAAAAGGAUGAGGAACAACCUCAUUUUGUAGUGCAAAUGGAUACAGAAAGUUCUAUUAUAGACAAGAAGACGUGCCUAGAUUAUAACUUUGACAAGCCUCUCUUGAUCACAGGUGAUGUCAGAAUAAUUUUCUAUGACAAAACUGGUUACAGGAUUUUCUAUGCUUGCUUCAAUACUGCCUUCAUUGUUAACAGCAUCUUACAGUUUUCCCAAGGAGAACUAGACAAAGUAGGCCGGAAAGCGAAAUCCAUAUUUGGCCCUAACUUCUGUGUGGAAUUACUAUUUGGGCCUGCGGUGCCUCAUCAUCCUGAUGUAAUUAUUAAUGUGGGUAACCUUGAGGAUUCCUUCUGAUUUUAAUUUAUAAUUUGGGUUCUCUUGAUCAUUUCGGUUUAGUCUCUUGGCCUUCACUUAAGAUCUUCUUCAUCAGAAAAUAAAUCCCAGAUGUUAAUAAACUUCAAUAGGCAUCUAGUUAAAAAUUACCUAUUGAUUGUAAAUUCUUUUAUAUGAUGCAAUUCAGCUUCAAUCUGCUCGCAGUAUGAAGAUGCACUUUUAGCUUUGUCUUUGAUGCUUUAAACUGACAAAUGGAUUGUGUCACCGAUAUUUGCCUCUUGCACUGUCUUUGAUGCUCAUCUCCCAGCUUCACACUGAUAGAUGCAGGGACAUUUCCCAAGUUUGGGAACUUUUGAAGUCAAACUUAUCCUUGUAAGUUUGGCAUGCGUGCAGAUGUGGAGUCAUUUCAUGGUUGUUAGCUUCUAUAACUUGGAAAUUAAUUUAUCAUAAACUUGAUUUCAGAUGAAUAUAUCAAACUUCAUUUUGUUAUUA